CUCUUCCGGUCCCGGCGGCGGCCAUUUUGUGAGCGCGACGGGAGAAGGAGUUCCUCGGGAGAAGAAGGAGGAGGAGGAGGAAGAAGGAGCAGGCCUGCUGUGGGGCCCUUGCCCGGCCGCCAUGCCCUCCUCGCCGCUCCGGGUGGCCGUGGUUUGCUCCAGCAACCAGAACCGCAGCAUGGAGGCCCACAACAUCCUCAGUAAACGUGGUUUCAGCGUUCGAUCCUUUGGCACCGGGACUCACGUGAAACUGCCAGGACCGGCGCCGGACAAGCCAAACGUUUACGAUUUCAAAACAACAUACGAUCAGAUGUACAGUGACCUUCUUAGGAAAGACAAGGAACUCUAUACACAGAAUGGGAUUUUACACAUGUUGGACAGAAACAAGCGGAUCAAGCCCCGGCCGGAGAGAUUCCAGAACUGUAAAGACGUCUUCGACUUGAUCUUGACUUGCGAAGAAAGAGUCUACGAUCAAGUAAUAGAAGGUAAUGGCCCGCCUUUCUUCCUUUGCUUCCAGAUACAACAUACGGAAGAUAUGGAAAAUGAAAUAGAUGAGCUGCUACAGGAAUUUGAAGAGAAAAGUGGAAGGACUUUCCUGCACACGGUCUGCUUUUAUUGAAAGCACGCCACUCUCCUCCUCCUCCUCCUCCUCCUCCUCUAGGCCUUACUGCAGACCACGGAAGAAGCACGUGGACUUGACGGGACCUUUCUCCCCUUCUCUUGGAGACUGGGCUUGACAACCAGUUUCCUUGUCGCUGUUCCAUUUUAUUUCCCUGCUGCGUUAUUUUUGGAGGGGGGAAAAUAAUAUUUUUUUUUUGGUGAGGGCGAAGAGGGGAAUGUUUCCGAACCUUUACCUAUCUAUAUAUAAAAAAGAAAGACAUUCUUACUCCCGAAGCUGCUUUAUUUAAGAGAUGUUUUUUAAUCAAAGAUUUUUAAAAAACCCUUUCCUUCUCUUUCUGAGACCCCGCUCGGAGUGGCUUCCGUAGGGCGUUAAUUGUCAAGAGAAUUCCCAAAACCAGAUUAUCAUUUAUGAUUUCCAGUGUAAAGAACAUAUCUCAGUUGCUUGUGGGGUUGCUUUUCUUUUCUUUUCUUUCUUUUUUUGGUUUUGUUUUCAGGGGGAAAGGGAGAUGCUUUUCGUUCAAUGGCUGGGAUUAUACAAAGGUAUGAAUGGGAGAAUGAAUAUCUGUAUCAUAUUAGGAAUGAAACGGGAAGCGUCCAAUAAAUAGAACUGCCUCA